AAUCACCUACCGAACCACCCACUUGAAGGUGUUACAACAUUUUUGGGACACCCUGUAGAACUUGAAAAAUAUUUUUCAUCGAAGCAUUCAUAUUUCUAAGUCGCAUAAAGUUAUACAUCUAUCAAUUCAGAAAAUGAAUUCUGUGUAAAACGUGUCAAAAAUUCCUAUAGAAUACGCCAUGAGAAUGUGAUUCUCUGAUAAGCAAAUGAAAAUGACGUUUACGAUGGAUCUUUUGAUACGCGUUAAUUAUACAUCUAUAUUUGUUUACGAGUACUUCCCGCCAUCGCUUACAAACUGUGUGCGAUAAUAUACUUAAAAUAUAAUUAAAAGCGCAACAGAAUCGCCCUACAAUCACCUACAAUUCACAGUCCUAACCUACGUUGGAAACAGCCUGUUUACCUUUCCAAUUAAAAAGGAUCUAGUGUUGCUGGGUAGCCUGAGAAAAAGAAAUGGUUAUCGUGAUGUAAAAUGUCGUAUCAAGACUCACCAUUUUCGACUAUGUACGGUCAAGAUGAUUACGACAUCGACGAAGACGAGGAGUAUUUGGAGGAUGAUCGAGAUGCAGAAGAACAAGACGAGAGCGACGAAGAUACCGAAGAGGCAAGCGAAACCGACCUUGGCAAAUCGGAAGAGUAUACAGAAAUAAAAGAACAAGUUUAUCAGGACAAGUUGGCCAGUUUGAAGAAGCAAUUACAGCAACUGAAAGAUGGUACUCAUCCCGAGUAUAACCGCAAGUUGAAGCGCUUGGAGGCUCAGUACAAGGAAAGACUGCGACUGAAUAUAAUUUACCGUGAUUACCUAACGGAAUGGGUGGAACGAGAUUACAUACUCGAGAAGAAGGCAGCGGUGAAAGAAUUCGAGGAAAAGAAAAUAGAUUUAAAGGAGAACUUAUUGACCGAUAUGGAAGAGAAACGGAAGAUGAUAGAGUCCGAUCGCCACACCAUGGAGCUUACAGGGGAUUCGAUGGAGGUGAAACCUGUAAUGACAAGGAAAUUACGCAGACGUCCCAACGAUCCUGUGCCUGAGAAGGUAGAGAAGCGAAGGAAACCACCUCCGGCACAGUUGAACUACCUAUUAGAUGAAAAAGAGAUCGAAAGCGAUUUGAAAGCCAUUAGCCGUGGCAAAGUACUGACUACGGUUCGAAAACCAGUAGUACUGCCACAUUACAAUGCUGUAAACAUAUCUUCUCAACACAUACCUCCACCUUCAGACACUCCUUUAAUAGAGACUAGGAUAGAGGAUGGCAAACUCUUGCACGAGAGACGAUGGUUUCAUCGUGGACAACCAGUGUACGUGGAAGGAAAAGAUUUAACGAGAUUCGCUGCGAAUAUUUCCGCGAUCGGAACCGAGGCUAUUUGGGUGAAGAAAGUUUCCGACAGCAGCAAAGUACGUAUAUACAUAUCUCAGCUGAGCAGAGCGAAAAUUUCGAUCAAGAGAAGGGCGUCCUAAUGUACGAACUGUGUAACAAUUAGACCAACUAUACAUAUAUAAACAUUGCCAGGAAUUAAAAGUGUUCGGUGGUAAUCGUUAAACUUGUGAUACGUUUAAUUUAUAGUUUAUCGGAGUUCUAUUUUCGGGAUCUAAUAUAAUUCUUACUGUACUCGUCUUUUGCCACCAAUAAAACCAAACUUUUUGGUGAUACUGUA